GAAUGUUCGUUAGAUUUCAUGGACCAUGAAUUUGCGAGCCUCUCAUGGGCCGGCCUGCACAACAACGCGAAAGUAUUGGCAGUUCAGCGAGAAAAACUCGAUGAGUGGCAUCCACAUGUAAACCGAAAUGCAGCUUUGAGUUUCGUGGGAACUGGCAUCGUGCUUUCGUCGAAUGACGAAGAAAAAGGAAGAAGUGGCGGGACUGACAACCAACAUCUUCACCUGCAGUGUCACCAAGGAGCAAGAACCGGCCGGCUCGCGGCUUUCUCAUUUUACGAUGGACGUGCGGUUGGAAAACGAAAUUUGAAAAGUCCUAUCUCGAACUCGAUGGACGAAGAAAAUAAUGCACCGCCUGUUGAUAAAGGAGAUCGUGAUCGCGCGCCUCGCCUCUACGAGAAACAUUACCUCUACAUGCGCUUCGAUGUGAUGUAUCCGCUGCUGGGCUUCCUUCAAGGUGCGCUUAGACGCAAUUUUCUUCGCGUUAUGCAUGAGUCCACUCACCGCAUGCUUUUUCGCCGACGAUUUCUGCCAACACACGUCUUCACACUGUGUCCCUAUUUCCAUCGAAUGAUGUCCAAAGUUCCGGAGUCGAGUGGACGAGAAAAUGAAAAGCCAGUUUCCGACCAGCCAGUUGCAACAGGCACGACAAGACCUGGUGAGCAGAUGACACGUCGUGAGGACCAGCAUUGCGCAGGUCGUUCGAUUACGACUGCGGAGAAAAGUAUUCAAUUUCUGCGGAUGCCUCUGAUGACGAAGAACGUUUUUAGGUUCGGCAGUCCUGCUGGUCAACACGAAGACGUCGAGGGCGAGCAUCGGGAGAAAACCUAUUCGGACGAUGCCGAACUCUUUAACCUUGUUCCCACGGCAAAGCCUGCGGCUUUGCAAGAACGGCAUUUACCUUUAUCAGAAAGACCGGUGGACCUGUUUUACGCUGGAAAUUCUCUUGCGGAUCUCCAGAGGGAAAUAUUUCUUCCCAAAAUCACGCUCACGCAGUAUAAUCGCAGCAUUGAUCUUCACGAUUCGGAAGAGAAGCCGCUUGUCUUCCAGCUCUUUGGAAACAAUCAAGCGCGUUUAGCUAGCAAGUAUAUGGGGGAAGAUUUUCAGACACGAUUUGCAGAACAGGGUGUCAGUUUGAAAAUCGAACCUGAUGAUUCAGAGAAGCAGCAUGGUGAUGAGGAAAAGAAAAGAAAAGCUGCUACAGCUUCUACACCUGAUAUGCAAGACGCUGAAAACUCUUCGUCUUACGAAUACAAAUUGCGUUUGUAUGGUCAGGCCCGCGUUUGCUUCACACACAAUUUGGUGAACAUAGAGCCGCGUGAGACAAGGUUUAUACGCGACUGGCUGUCCACACAGUGGGCCCGGCGUGAACACUUAGACCAACUUGCGAAUCCACUGUUCAGGGACUUCUACGUGGCUGAACCUAAAGCAACUGAUCCAGUGGAUGAGAGUCUCCAUGUGGAGCAAGAUAUUCGAAAGGAACUUCAACAAAAGUAUGAAGAAGCCAGGGAUAGGGUGGACGGCAUGAACAUGAUUGAGAGAAAGCCUAUGCACGAAGGAACGCAGACAAGAAACAAGGAGGAUCAAGAAACGGGAAUCGAUACGAUCAGUUCGACAGACAUGAUUCCCCGUCGAAGUUUUCACGAUGUUUUCGCUCGUUCGAAGAAAUUAGAGGAUUCUGGCGCUUCCGACAGACGCGCUUUCGCUGAUUUCAGUUCUCAGAUGAUUGGUGUCACUCCGUCUGCUACAACAUCAGCAGACUCAAUGUCACCUGAUGCCAACACACCGGUUGCAAAGCAUCAAGCUUUUCGUCUGAGGCGUUCUGAUUCUGAAUUCCUCACAGGGUUCCCACAUGGAAGGCCAGUCGCUAGAGCGCCGCAGCUGAAGGCGCGUGGGUUCGAAGCGGCGCUUGGAAAGUGUCUGCAUCUCGUUUUAGCCGAUCAUUGGUCCUUGCUCGAAGAGUAUUUCCAGCCAGGCAAGCACUUUCUCUACGUCAGCAGCAUCGAUGAGGCAUUGCAUGUGGCUAGAUUAGUUAGGCGGCUGUAUGCGGGGCUAGACGGGGAUGAUGGUCAACAUGAUAGAGAUACUGUUGCUGUGCGAGGUAGAGACAACAACAAUUCCAUCUCUCUAUUUUCACCUCGGAGCAAUCAGAUCCUGCGGAGGCGCAUAGAGGCUAUGAUUGAAGAUGCAUGCUUGCAGGCACAAAACUACACGUUUUCCUGGCUAGACCGUGAGUUAGACCGUAUUCUGUGAUGGAGAUAGGGCUCCUUCUUCUCGACCAGG